AUGGUAGGUUCUCUGCAAAGUCCCAACCCUAAAAAAGAAGAAAAAGAAUGCUCAAACGAUCUUUCUUUCUCAGUUUUAGGCCUUGAAGAUCUUUCUUUCUCAUGUAUAGACUCUUUUCUUGAUUUUGAUUACAUCGAGGAUUGGAUUGAGGAGAACCCAGAGCCAUAUAGUAAGAGUAUGGCUAAUGAUUUGGGAGAAAACUCCGUUGGUUUUAGCUCAGAAAAAGUUGCAUCUGAGAUGUUUGAUAAAAGUCUUGAAAUAGGUUCAGCUGGAAAGGUUGAAUUGGUAGGAGGUGAGAAGGGUAGUGAAACGGGUUGUCAAAGGUUUUGUGAUAAAAUUAAGGUUGAAGAGGGGAUAGAUGGGGUUGACGGUAUCAAGUCGGGAGGCCUGGGAUGUUCUAUUGAGGAAGAGAUGGGGAAAGUUAGUUUGGAGGGAGGUUGGAGCGAUCCAGAUUCUGUUUUUGGCGGUUUGACUGGUGUAAAGCAAGGUGGAGAGGGUUGUGACAAUGGAAAUAGUGAGGAUGAUUGUGGUUGUGAUGUGGUGAAAAGUGUUGAGGCAAACAUUAGUGGUACUGGUGGUAAGGAGAUCGGUGUUGUUGAAAAUUUUGGCGCGAAGACCACUAAAACAAGUGAGAUGAUGAAUGCAGAUAAUACUGAAGAAAAGAGUGGUAAGAAUGCGAGUGAAGGAGAUGAGAGUGAUAGUACUAGUGACUCAGAGGGUGAAAGUGACAGUGAAAUUGAAAGUUCAUCUUCAUCUUCCUCUUCCUCUUCCUCAUCAUCCGGGAGUAGUGAUGAUGAUGACGAAGAUGAAGUCGAUGGCAAGGAGAAGUGGGGAAGUAGCAAAGAAAGAAAAGGACAAGAUAUAGAGAUGGAAGAGGGUGAGAUAGUCGCAUCUGACCCAGAAGAGAUGGUGGCCUGGAGCGGUGACGAUGAAUAUGACGAGGAUGAGGGUGGCAGUGGCGUUUCCACGUUGGGGCCUCCUAAGUCCAAAAAUGAACUCACGCUUCUUCCUCCAGUUCCUCCAGUGAAUGUGGCCCUACUACCACACCAUAAGAUCCAGCCAGUUGGAGUUGUUUUAUCGGUGAGAUCAUAGAAGCAAGUAGCAAUUCAAUCUAAAAGCUAGUUGCAAAGGACACAUUGUGAAAUGCUGCAUCACUUUGUUUUUUUCCAAUAAUUAUCUAGCAUAAAAUGCAGAUGGUGACUUAAUCAAAUAUGUAAUAGUUUAUAACUA